AUGGAAGUUGUAAAACCUGCAAAAUCUUUUAGGGACCAAAAAAGAUUAGAUUUAUACCAUAUACAGCCCAACCUUUUGAUAGGUUCAUACCCAUCAGUCGAUUAUACAAGAAAGUCAUCCCUGCUUUCAGAAAACUACGAGGCUAUUCUAAGCUCCAAGUUUGCAAAAACAUUAAUUGUUGAUUUGGUUUCUGAGAGGAAGCCUUAUAUAGCUAGGAGUUCCAAUAUCCUUGUGAAACAUGUCAAUUGGGUAGAUUAUCACAGUGUUGCCUUCCAAGAACUAAAUCUUUUGGUGAAUGUCGUCUCCAAUUUUCUUGCUAAACCCAACCAAGGAGUUUUCGUUCAUUGUAAACAUGGCAAAGGGAGAACAGGAACACUUGUUUGUGCAAUCCUAAUAUUCAUGUUUCGGUUCACAAUCUCGGAAGCUAACUCUCUGUUUAUUCAACAUCGCAGUAUUUAUCACCAUGGCGUUCAGGUCCAUUCUCAAAAGAAAUUGUUACAGUAUUUUCACCAGUACCUAUCUUUCCUUAAGCCGAUGUAUAUAGAUUUAAUUCUCAAAACAAUAGCAUGGAAAGUAGAAGGUGUCGAAAUAGUAGGAGAUUUGAAGAAUAGUAAUAGUAGAAAACUCGAGAUUUCCUUGGCAAACAUAGAGAAAAAUAGUAAGUUUUCCGUGUACAAGUUUGACAGAAUUGGCAAAACAAGAGUAAAUGAACGAUUAGUAUGCGCCAAACUAGUUUCCGAAGAUAUCUGCUUUGAAAUAAGACACGCUACUAUAGUGAUGCUUUCCUUUUGCACCUUCAGCAUCAACUGUGCAAUUGAAUAUCUUAAUUCAACUAAGAGUGCCCAUGAAAGUCAGUGUGUAAUAAAAGUACCAUUUGAAGAAAUGGAUGGUGUCUUAGGGUUUGGCUUAAAGGGGAAAAAGUGUUUCAGUUUCAUCAAAAUCAUUAUUUCAAGGGUUUCUUUAUAA